AUGGAUCUGCACGGCACGCUGUCAGCGCUGAUGCGUCCGCUGGCAGCCAUACCGCCGUCGACGUUUCCACUCACCUCCUUCCUUCAACAUCCGUUAAUGUCGUCGUUAGCGUUUCCGCUGAACGCCGCGAAUCAUCUGGAUCCGACAUUAUUCGAUAUCACCGUCACUGCCGAAUCACAAUCAACUGUGACACCGAAGAAAACCCGACUCGAUUCACCUACUAGUCGUCGUCGCUUCAUCAUUGCUCUAGAGCUCGAUAAGCUAAAAACCCUGAGGAGUGUUUCCACUGCACGAUUCCAGAACGGCGAGGUGCUAAAUCCCAGGCAUUGUUGCGUUUUUGGUGACCAACUGUUACGCUGCCCAGCUGCAAUUUGGAAAGCGAAAGGGUUAUAUCUGACACCUGAAAAUGGCAUCAAAUCCGGGAAAUUCCAGGAUGAAGCCUAUUAUGAACGACGACGACGCAACAACGAUGCAGCGAAGAGAUCGCGUGAUGCUCGUCGCAUCAAAGAAGAAGCGAUCGCAGCACGUGCAGCACAGCUGGAACGAGAGAACGGUCAACUACGAGCACAGGUUGCUAUUCUAAAGUCUGAAACCGCUCGUCUUCAACUGAUGCUGUUCUCACAACGACAAAGUCUAGCCAGCGACACAAAAAAAGAAACAAAAGCUGAAUCGAUGAUUGUCGACACACUUCUGGAGAAUACUGCUACCUCCACUACCGUACUCCAAAGUGAUAUUGAAAUAAAACCAUAA